GGAUUUAUAAUGAAAUUUGGCGCAAUGUAUCUGUUUCUUGAAGGUUUCGUAUUUGAAAGACUUUAAUGUACGAAUUCACCGAGAGGUUGGAUGAGAAUAUUUAAAAUACGGAAGGAGAGGGUAUUCACUCAGUUUCUAGAUGUGUAUGUACAUUAUCGGUCGAUGGAAUGGAGAGGGGAAAGUUGUUGAAUUGUGUGGACUAUUAUAAAUGAGUGACAGUGUGGGGGGAUCGUUUAUAAAAGACACUGAAUGUAACACUCAAUCCUGUCACUCUUGUUUUCACACAUUUUCCUGUGUGUCAAUUCUUUUGUCAAUCACAUUCGCAAAAUAUUUGAUCCGGUGAAUUUUAUUGAGAGAAUUGCGUAAAUCCAUGUGGAAGUUAAAACAUCAAGUUUUGUUCGUAUGAGUUUUUAGUGGUAGAAAUGUUUUUUUUUAACAUUUCUUAGGAGUCCGUUGAUGUGGAUUGGUGGAAAGAGGCGAUGAAUUUUGGAUGGUUAGGAGAGUACUGUGCAGCAGUACAACGCCGUGUGUUGGUGUUGGUGUUUUCAUUUAAAUAUAACGGUGUGUAUAAAUAAGUAUGAGCAAUAGCGGGAGUACGCAGAGCUUACACAGUCGUUGAUGAUUUUGCGGUGGCAACUCAUACAAACAAUUCAACUUAUUUUAUUGUGAAUCGUGAUGUUUUGUUAACUGUAAAACAGUAAUAUAUAUUGUUUGAAUUCAAAGAGAUUGCGAUGGAUAAAAAUGUUGAAAAGAAAAAACAGUAGGAUUUGAUUGGAAGCAAGUUGGAGUUUGCAGUUUUGACUCGUUCGUUAAUUAUGACAGUGUUUUUUUAAGAUGGAAGGAGUAAAAGGAAGUUUGUUAUCGAUGACAGUGUUUACAGUUUGUAUGUAUAUAUGCAGCAUCGAGGCCCUGCCAAGGCAAAUCGGAUAUACGUGAUGCAGUUAGAUUUAUCCUGGGAUUGGCGGCGUGAAAUGCUGACACGCGUAGAGGACUGCUCUGCGAACAGUCCUCAUCGCUCUAUAAUGAUUGGUGAUUUGGGCGAAUUCACGAAAAAACUUGCACAAUUGUGCGGAAGAGGCAGAGCAGCUGUUCCUAUGAGCACCUCUCAUUCGUUACACUGUGAUGGAAAGGAUAAUAAUCAUAAAAUUAUCCCAAAGAGAAUGGCAUAUGAGGUAUUCUUGGGGGGAUCCUGUAAUCCCACUACAUGGAGGUCAGAAAUAGCCAUACCAACUCUCCAGAGACUUGGCAUUACCUAUUAUAAUCCACAAGUCUCGCAGUGGGGACCGGAGUUAAUAGCUCAAGAGUAUGAAGCGAAACAAAACGCACGUGUUUUACUCUUUGUAAUAGAUAAUCAAACGCGGAAUACUGCUAGUAUAAUAGAAGCAGCACAAUUGGCAGCUACAAGAACCGAUUCUCUGGUCCUAGUGGUUUAUCCAUAUCGGCAGGGACAAACAAUAUUAGGUGAAACUAUUUCGGCACAGGAAUAUUAUGAUUUAAUGAAUGGGCUAUCGGUACUUGAGUAUUUUAUGGAGAGACAGAGAAUACCUAUCUUUGAAAACGUAUCUGGGGCUCUCAAUGGCACAUCUAAGAUUCUACGUGAAGCUAUUAACGUUCAAGAUUUGAAUCAAGAGGACGGUAUGAAGUCCACACGGAUUUCUCCCACUCAAAAUGGAAUUGAUAUAAUAACACUGCGGGAAAUAUUCCGCUCCAUUGAUACAAAUGAUACAGGUUGCAUCCGUUUGAGGGAUGUCCGGAUUGCUAUGCAGUCAUAUGCCAAUUGCAAUAUUUCCGUUUCGGAGUUUCUCAGUAUCGUGAAUAAAUCAGAGACCCAUGAAAAUUUAGUGAGGCAUUUAGCGUCAAAGGAAGAUCCAUCUGAACAAUGUAUCAAUUUCGAGCAGUUCUGUCUACUUGCCGGUGAAUGGAGACGCCCCAAAGCCAAUGGAACACACUGUGAAAAUUGGACGCAUUCAUUGGUACUUGAAUCAGACAAAAGAGACUUAUACAUUGGCCUAGUUGGUAAGGAUCUGCUUUGGUUGGAGUCAUCAGCCGUACCGUUAAUAAAGUCAAAGGGUCUGACGUUGCAUCGUCCACAUAUGAACGAGUACACAGUGAGACAAUUACCUCAAGAGUUACAACAUAUGAAAAGGUCACGUGUUAUUCUACUGAUAAUGCCUCAACACUCGCGGGGCAUCGCCAUCGCGGCAUUGGCAGCUUACUCAAUUGGGCUUCACGCUAAGUUGGUUCUAUGCAUACAACUUAUGCCGGAAAGUUGUGUAGUCUCUGGUGAACAGCUAACUGAGCAAGCCGUGAAGGAUUACAAUCGGGGUAGAAUGUACCUGUCAGAUUAUGCGACGCGCGAAGGUGUACCUGUAUUUCAGAAUAUCGCAGAUGCUCUGCAACAUGCGAUACAGCUAGUUCAAAGUUCCUGCUUUGUGAGUAUGUUACGCAGUGAGAUGGAUACCAAAAUAAAUAUGGAUACUGGAAGAGAUGAAAACACUAGAGUACCCUUCGUAAAAGAUAUCAGUUUUAUAGGACUUCUUGGCAGAUUUAUCUUCAUAUAUUGGAGAACUCUUGUGCUAAUAAUAUGGCCAAUUGCACUUCUUCCUUUGGUGAUUUUUAAUGACGGAGAGAUGUACAGAUGUCUAUAUGUUGUUAGUCUGAUGGCUAUGUUUUGGGUAACAGAAGUUCUUCCAUUACCCAUUACUGGCAUGAUUCCAGUAGUUCUUUAUCCAUUAAUGUGCAUUCUUAGUACGUCAAGAACAGCUGAUUGUUACAUGAACGAUACAACAAUGAUGUUCUUUGGAAGCCUCAUAAUCGCGGUAGUUAUAGAAAAUUCAGGACUUCAUAUGCGAGUAGCACUGUUGAUCAUCAAAACAAUAGGCUGCAGUCAUAGAAAAUUGAGUUUGGGAUUAUUCUGUGUGACCAUGUUCAUCUCUAUGUGGAUCUCAAAUACAGCGGCGACUGCUAUGAUGAUUCCAAUCAUGGAGACUGUUCUCGUAGAACUUGAGACGCAAGGGCUUGGACGUAUGUUCGAAGCGGACAACUCUACAGAGGAAGGUCCAGACAGACCCAAGCAACCGACUCACACAACUAUGGUUUAUUACUUGUCUGCUGCUUAUGCUUCUAGUAUAGGUGGAAUAGGCACACUUGUUGGGAGUGGAACAAACUUGACUCUUAAAGGAAUUUAUGAAGAACGAUUUAAAGAGAGCCCAGGUAUAAAUUUCGCUUCUUGGAUGCUAUAUGCAGUGCCGGCGAUGCUCCUCAUGGGUCUUCUCACAUGGUUAUGGCUACAAAUAAUGUACAUGGGCCUCUUCAGGCCAACUAGUGAAGACGCAAAAGCCAUAAAUAUUGGGGCUCAAGGUGAAAAGGUUGCUGCAUCAGUGAUUGAGCAGAAAUAUAAAGAAUUGGGACCAAUUACGUGGUAUGAAACAAUAGUGGGCUUUUUGUUCAUUGGUGUAGUACUACUAUGGUUCUUUAGGGAACCCGGAUUUGUUAGGGGAUGGCCCUCGUACAUUACAGACUUACCAGUUAAAGACUCAACAGCUGCAAUCGGCCUUACGAUUCUCCUCUUCAUCAUUCCCUCAAAAUUGGACUUCUUAAAAGCUUUCGAUAAAGAUCCAACAAAACGGCCAACAAAGCCGGCGCCAGCUUUAAUUACAUGGAAGAUAAUAAAUGAAAGAAUGCACUGGAGCCUCUUGUUCGUUCUCGGUGGUGGCUUUGCUAUUGCUACUGGAAGUACCGAUUCUGGGUUAUCAACAAUGCUUGGUGAAUCGCUCUCUGGACUCAAAGGACUCAAUGAAAUAAUGAUACUCUUGAUUGUUUGUAUAUUCGCGGAAACCGUCACAGAACUUACGGCAAAUGUUGCUGUUGCCAAUAUUAUACUGCCAGUAUUGGCAGAGAUGUGCGUAGCUAUUCAGAUUCAUCCCUUGAAAUUAAUGCUACCAGCUGCUCUCUGCUGUUCAUUUUCAUUUCAUCUCCCUGUUGGGACACCUCCAAAUGCCAUUGCAAGUGCGGCAGGUCGCAUCAAAACGAAAGACUUCAUCAUCGCAGGUAUUGGACCUAGUGUCAUUACUCUGCUCAUUGCUGUUUCAACUUUCAGCACCUGGGGAACCUACGUCUUCAAUCUUCACCAAUUUCCGGAAUGGGCGCAUCCAAAAUCGGAAUAGAAAUUCGAUGUUAACGGUUAUGAGUUCUCUCAUAAAUAAAAAAUACGAAGUUACUUUUAACUGAAUUCCACAACCCCCUACUCAAUCUACACUCUAGGUUCAGAAGAUCAUUUCCUUGAAAAAACAUCAAGCGGCGUUUUCGGUGCGUUGUUUGUUAAGUUAAUGUAAUAUUAAAUAAUGUUAAGCGUUGUGUUCCUGAGAAAUUUUUACGGUUACCCUUCGCUAAGCGCUGAAUAAUUUUUAUUCAGCCACGAAUAGACCAAGAUAAGAUGACUCUUAAUGAAACAUUUGUUGUUUGUUUGUUCUGCAUGAUAUUCUACCACAAACCGCAUACCUAGACCACUGCCUAUUGAAAUUUCCCAUUAGCUCAAAAUUAAUUUCAGCAAUCGAAAAUUUAAACCCGAAGUUAACGUCAAUUUUACCAAAGGUUUAACUACCUUUGACUUGCCCAAAAAUUGUUUCCAAAACAGUUAAACAUAUAAAAACGUGUUUGUAAUGGAAAAAUUCAUUUCUUUACGUUUAUCAUGGACCUAAACAUUCAAACAUCAUUCUAAUUCUUCUUUAAUAAAACUAUUGGAGAAUCGGUGAAACAUAAAUUAAUCGAAUGAUAAUGUCAAUACGGUGGUUGAUCAAUAAAAAACUAUCCUCCAGAUU